CCGGGUCCUGCGCCGAGGCGGAACGCCGUCGGUGCCCGCCCGCCGCCGCCGAAGACCGCCGCCGAGCCGUCGACGAGAAAGUAGUGGAGCUGUGCCCGCGUCCGCGCGCUUUCGUCGUCGACGACCUCGUAGACGAGGACGUCGGCGGCUGGGCUCACCUCUAGGCUGCCCAUAUGAUCCUCGCUUUCUUUGCUACUACUCGUUGUGUGGACGGGGCAUGUUAUCCCAACCAACUAUGCUCGUCGCCACCGCGGUGCAGACACUCUCGGAGGAGUUCCCGGGACUCUGCACCGUGGUACCAAGUACUUGGACUACCGUACCUACGGUACCGCAGUAGGUAGCGACUCAGUGCUGCGGUGCAAGCUGGUAGGCCACUCGAACAUCAAACGCUACAAGCUCAAGCGCAAGCUCAAGGCCGCCGUCUUCGCGAUUAUCGCCGAGCACCGUUUUCUCGCGUCCAUUGCGCGCGCGAACCCCGCCCGAUGCCGAGGCGCGAGCGAGAGCAAGACCCGCCGGUGGACGCGUGUUGCGGGCCACGCCUGAAAAGGGUGCCGCUCGACAAAUCAUUGGGAGAGUCGUCGCGUCCGACACCUGUGCCCUCGGAGCUGACGAGGGCCGUCCGCGGCGCGUCCGUCCACGACGGCCUGGGUCGGCUCAAACUUCUCACGCCGCAUGCCACGCACGACCUCAGGCUGGAGCCCGUCGAGCGCGACUACAUGGUUGGAUGGCAGCUGGGCAAGGGGAGCUUCGGCACCGUUUUUGUCGCGCUCUCGCGCGCGAACCGACGCGACGUCCGCGCGGUCAAGGUCAUCGACCUCGGCCACGCCGACGCGCGGACGAUCUCGAAGCUCGCGGUCGAGGUCCGGACGAUGCGCCGCGUCGACCACCCGAACAUCUGCCGGCUGGACGACUGCUACUUGCACGAGAAGAAGUUUAGCAUGGUCAUCGAGUACUGCAGCGGCGGCGAACUCUUCGACCGGAUCACGGCGAAGGAUCAUUACUCGGAGCGCGAGGCACGCGUCGCGUUCAGUGCGGAAAUCAACCAGUGCGUCAGGCCGGCCUGGAGGUAUUAUUUAUUAUUCUGGCAGCCUCGACGCAGCACGAGAGUGCUUGGCGUCCUCGCACGAUGCGUCUUAGGCUUAUUCACCCGAACGUUUGAUUUCCGCACAGGUCGCGUUCGCACAAAUGGUCGAGGCGGUCGGCCACUGCCACCGCCACGAGGUCGCGCACCGGGACUUGAAACCCGAAAACGUACUCUACGCGGGCCCGGAGGGCACUCGAAGCGCGCACGUCCUGAAGGUCUGCGACUUUGGGCUCAGCACGACGUUCGGCGGCGGCCACCACGACCUGCACCGCAAGGUCGGGACGCCGGGGUACGUCGGCCCAGAGGUCUUGACGGCGACGGAGGAGCGAGGAUAUGGACCGGAGUGCGACCUAUGGUCGCUCGGUGUCAUCCUGUACGUCAUGCUCAGCGGGACGAUGCCUUUCUACGGGCGGGACAAGGCCGAGGUGUACCGGAACACGUGCUCGGGCGCCUACGCCGUCGACGGCCCCGAGUUCGCGCAGAUUUCGCACGACGCCGUCGGCUUGAUCCACCAGCUGCUCGUCGUCGACCCGGCGCGGCGCCUCACGCCGGACGGCGUGUUCGCACACCCCUGGAUGGCCAAGGACCACGUCGUGAACACGAUUCAUCUCGCUCACUUCUCGCCGAACAUCAAACGCUACAAGCUCAAGCGUAAGCUCAAGGCCGCCGUCUUCGCGAUUAUCGCCGAGCACCGUUUUCUCGCGUCCAUCGCGCGCGCGAACCCCGCCCGAUACGCGACGGAGGCCGCGCGCGUCGCCAAGAAGCACUCGUCCUCCGUCUUCUCCCCCCUCGGCGAGCUCGCGAACGCGAACGGCGACAAGUGACAAUAAAGGGAUAUGUUGCGAACUAACUAUGAGAG